GCUCCAGGCUCGCGUGGGCUGGGCUCCUGGGCCUGCGGUUGGCCGUCGCGCGGUGUGCGCUGCGUGGCGGGAAUGGCACUGGGCGCGCUGUGCGGUGUCGGCGGGUUGCGCAUCCAGGCUGUGGGGCGCCUUCAGCUGCUGCUACAAGCUGACCGACAGCCCACCAGCGCGGUUUGCCCUGAAGGUGGUGCCUCGUGGAGAAAAUGGGGCGGCCCCCUGCAUCCCCGCGAGAAGGUGGAGUGCAAGAUUGCCCUGCACAGCCGCCUGCGACACCGUAACAUCGUGGCCUUCUACAGACACUUUGCAGACCACGUGUACGUGGUGGUGGAGUUCUGCAGCCGCCAGGUAACUUCUUCCUGAACAAAAACAUGGAAGUCAAGAUCGGGGACCUGGGGCUGGCUGCCAGGGUGGGGCUGGGAGGCCACUGCCACAGCACCUGUGUCAGAGAUGCACUGGAACAUCCAUGAUGCCGCUACCCUGAGCCCACCCACCUGUCCCCCAACGCAGCCACCUCAUUGCCCGCCUGCUGGCACCCAGCCCAGCCGAGCAGCCCAGCCUGGACCACCUGCUGCAGGAUGUCUUCACACAGGUCAGCUGAGAUGGAGACCAGGGUCAGCUGGUGGUGAGCCGCAAGGGGGAAGAGCUCACGGCCUGGGAACCGAGCCAGCCCAGCACCUCCCACCUGCUGGGUGUCCCACAGAACUGCGGCUGCGCGGCAGCUGCCCAUGCCAGCAGCUUCUCCGUGCUCUCCACAUGCUGCAGAGCAUCUAGUGGUCAGAGUGGACCUCUGCAUGAUGCUGCCAGGGACCCAGGCUCCAUUCCUUUUCCCGCUGUUCCCCCAAAGGGGGUGCCCUCGGACACAGUUGGGGGAGCAUGCACGGGGUAUGGGAGGUGGGGGUCCUUGCCUCAUGGCCUGACUGUUCAACCCACAGUUUCUUUUGGCUUUAUUCUUUUCCAUUAAAGAAAACUUGAUUCUU